ACGGUUGGUGCAAGUGGUCCACGUUGUUGACACAUCUGCCACCUUUCCUAAGCACCUUCCCAAACCAAAUGGGCACUAAACAAAAGCAAACGCCUGAAAGCUUGUCCGUCAUCAUGGGACGCCUUCAUCGACUUACCCCUGCACAUCAUCCCAGACUCGGCUGAGGGGAUGCUUGAUGUGAGAUGAUAUUAGGAUAACUGCGGAACAGGUAUAUAGGCCUCCAGUUUACACGAUUGUCUACUAAUCUCGCGUACAUUCUCACCAUCGACAAUGCACAUAUCAUUCUUAGCAACCUUGGGCUAUCUACUCUCAGUCACGUCCGCGCAAUCCAUUUUCACUCCUGCUCGUCCACCGUCCUUACCGCUUGCUGUGAAGAGUCCGUACUUGAGCACAUGGUUCCCGGCUGGUAGCGAUGGAGGCAACGGAGGGUACCUUCCCGGACAAUGGCCGCGGUUCUACACUGGACAGGUGCUUGGCUGGACAGGCUUGGUCCGCGUUGACAACGAGACCUUCACAUGGAUGGGCGCACCAAAAGGAAUCCCAUUAGCGAAUCAGAAAUCUUACGAGUAUACCUCCAGCAAGAGCAUCUUCACCAUCGAGGCCAAUAAGAAGGUAUCACUGAAGGUGACCUUUCUCUCGCCGCUCACUCCGAAGGAUCUCAAGCGCCAGUCUUUGACUUUCUCGUAUAUGAACGUCGAAGUCCUGUCUCUAGACGGCGCAGAACACAGUGUGCAGAUCUACACUGAUAUUAGUGCUGAGUGGGUUUCUGGCGAUGUUGAUGUGACCGCGCAAUGGGAUUUCGGCCUAAUGAAUGACGUGGUCUAUCAUAAGCUAUCGAGACAAAACCAGCAAAAGUUCUCGGAAUUCAACGACAGAGCCGAGUGGGGCAACUUUUACUACGCUACUACGGCGCAAAAUGGUGUCACGUACCAAUCAGGCGCUGAUGACGACGUUCGUGGUGCCUUUGUAACCGAUGGAAAGCUGCCGAGCUCGAAUGAUACUAACUUCCGUGCUAUCAAUGACAGAUGGCCAGUCUUCGGUUACGGAAUCAGUCUUGGAUCCGUUGGGGCUUCGCCAGUAUCCACGUUGUUCUCGCUGGGCUUGUGUCAGGACGAAGCGAUCCAAUUCCUGGGAGCAGACGGACUGGCUAUCCUUCCGUCGUUGUGGAAGAGCUAUUUCGCGGAUGAUCUUGCAGCUCUCACCUUCUUUCACAAGGACUAUCCGGAGUCAAGCAAGCUUUCAUCGGAUUUGGAUGACCGAAUCUCGAAGGAUUCUAUCGCCGCUGCCGGGCAAGACUACGCGAUUUUGACAACCCUGGCUGCCCGUCAGGCCUUUGCAGCGACUCAACUGGUCGGUACCGGAGACAAGCACUACCUCUUCUUGAAAGAAAUAUCUUCGAAUGGCAACACUCAGACCGUAGACGUGAUUUAUCCAGCGUCUCCUAUCUUCUUCUACACGAACCCGGAUCUGAUAAAGUUACUCCUCGAUCCACAUUUUGAGAACCAGGAGAGCGGUCACUAUCCCAAUAAAUGGGCUACCCAUGACCUUGGAAAACACUACCCAAACGCUACUGGCCAUCCGACAGGCGACGAUGAACCCAUGCCCUUGGAAGAGUGUAGCAAUAACAUUAUCAUGGUCCUAGCCUACGUCCAGCGCUCCGGCGACACCGACUACAUCAAACAGCACUACACUAUCCUCAGGCAGUGGGCGGAGUACCUCGUCGAAGAUAGUCUCUUCCCAGCCGAGCAACUCUCAACCGAUGACUUUGCUGGGCAUCUUGCGAACCAGACAAAUCUCGCUCUCAAAGGCAUUAUUGCCAUCGAAGCGAUGUCGCAGCUUUCUUCCCUUAUCAACAAGGCCUCUAAUGCGCAAAACUACACAAAAAUUGCACAUGACUACAUCACAAAGUGGCAGACUCUGGGUCUCAAUACGGCGGACGACCCUCCCCACGCUGUGCUCAACUAUGGCAACACCUCGACCUGGGGCCUCCUAUACAAUCUCUACAACGACAAGCUUUUGAACACCAACCUCGUACCUCAGUCCGUCUACAACAUACAAAGCGGCUUCUACCCUACCGUCAAAGAGAACUAUGGUGUUCCGCUCGAUACGCGGAACAGGUACUACACCAAGUCUGACUGGGAGUUAUUCUGCGCGGCUAUUGCUAGUGAGAAGACAAGGGACAUGUUUAUCAAUGAUUUGGCGAGGUGGGUCAAUGAAACGCCGACAAGUAGGCCGUUUACGGAUCUGUAUCAGACGAGUGAUGGAAGUUUCCCGCCGGGAUUGGAGUUCAAGGCUAGGCCGGCUGUUGGGGGUUUGUUCAGUCUGUUGCUGUUGGAACAGGGAAAGUCGGGAAGAUUGUAAAGUGUCCAACUCAACUGAAUGGGCAAGUAUCGUUUAGGACUAUGCUAUUUGGC